GGUCGGCUAAGCCGCCUGUUUCACCGAUCUUUGUUAUUGUUCAUGUGUUCUAUUCACAGGAAUUAAUUUAUUCCGCGAGCCAAUUUUUUCUCUACACCAUGCCCACAGCCUCACCUGGCAUUGGGAGUUGAACCUCAGACUGACAUGUCUGCACUUACCUUGCUUGUCCCCAACGAUGUUCCUGGCCUUCAAAUGAACAAAGAAGGCAACUGGGUGGCUGUUGAUUACUUGCCAAAUGCACUCUUUGUCCACGUUGGAGAUCAAAUUGAGCUCAAGUACACCGUGGAGUGUUGUGAAGUACUGAGCAAUGGCAAAUACAAAAGUGUUCUUCACAGGAGUGUAGUGAACAAGGAGCGUACCCGCUUCUCUUGGGCAGUGUUCUGUGCUGUCCACACGAGGCUGUGAUAGGACGAAUUCCACAGCUUCUUGACCAACAGAACCUGGCCAAGUACUCCACCAAGACGUUUGCGGAGUACAGAUAGCGCAAAUUCAAUAAGCUCCCACAAUGAUGAUUCCUGAUUACUUGAGUCCUAGAAUAAUGUUCAACAUCAAGGAUGCUAUCCUGGAUGAUUUUUCAAAGUGUCUCUGUCAUUGUGAUUCUUCAUCGUAAUGAAAAUUGAUUGUUCAU